UUCCCCCGUCCUCUCCCAGGAGUCAUUCCCGUCUCCACCCCUCACCUCCACCGCUCCACUCCCUCGCAGCCUCACCCGCCCGCCACCCUUCCCGGAGAGGAGAGCCUAGAACCUUCCUCGAGUCCCCGACCAACCGCGAUGGCCGACGCGUACUGGAGGUACGCGGCUGCCGACCCGCGCCAGCAACCGUUGCCUCCCUCUGCUGGGGCAGGCGGCGCCCCAGCAGGGGCGCACCCGGGCGCUCCCGGCGGCGCCCCGCAGAUGGCGGCCGCCGGGGGGCAGCAGCCCAUGAAGCGCCCCCGUCCCGCCGACUUCUCAGAUGUACCCGGCGCACCUGACAUGACUGGCUAUUAUCCUCGUGAUGAAGAAAGGGCAGGGUAUCGUGCUGCCAGAGAUACCGAGGCUCUUAAUGCGUCCUAUGAACGUUUUCUGCGUACUGGGCAAAUCCAAUCCUAUGGUGCUGGACCUGCUGGAGAACCUAUGAGGCCUGCUGUGGGAGGCAAUGCUGGCUACCCAGUUGAUGAUCGUCCAAUGAUGGCUGCUAGGGGUAUGGAUAGCAGAAAUAUUGGUUAUGGUGGUGGAAUGCCAGAGCCUCCCCUUCCACCUGAUGCCUCAAAUACCUUAUAUAUUGAAGGCAUUCCUACUGGCUGUACACGUCGAGAAGUUUCACAUAUCUUCCGACCGUUUGUUGGCUUUCGUGAGGUGAGGCUUGUAAACAAAGAACCGAAACAUCCUGGUGGUGACCCAAUUGUCCUCUGUUUUGUUGAUUUCGCUGAUGCUACUCAAGCUGCUAUUGCCAUGGAUGCUUUGCAAGGCUAUAAGUUUGAUGAGCAUGAUCGCAAUUCACCUAACUUGCGGCUGCAGUUUGCUCGUUUUACGGGUCCUAGGGGGAAUUCAGGACCUGGUGGCCCUCGUAUUAGGCGUUAAGUUCUUGCCGUUGCUUCUGCCAGGCCUGAUCGCAUCGAAUACCUACCGGAGAUGAUAAUAGUUUGAUUGUCGUUCCAGACAUAUUUCCCCAUAGAAAUAGGAUCGGUAGCUCUGUGCCUUGAGCCGUUCCAGCCUUGCUACCUUGUUCUUGUUAGAUGGUUCCUGACUGAAUGAAUCAGCUAAACAUGUUUGUAAUAUGCUUAUUUGUAUCUCGUAUUUUGACCUGGUUCAUACAUUUGAAAACUUGCAUAGUUCUCUAUCCAUAAAAGUUUUUUGGUU